AUGGAAAGCUCGGAAAAUGCGAUAAUUGAAUUGGAAAGUGCAACAACAACAACAACAGCAACAACAACAGCAGCAACAACAAAGCUUAAUAGUAAAUUCUCUACAGCAUUUUCAAUUGAAAAUCUGAUCGCUAAUCAAAAUGCUAAUAAAACUGGACUAGAGAUGCAAAAGAACUCAGAUACCGUACAAGAGUUAAGUGCUCGAGCUAUGGUCGCCUCAUCAGCUCUUGGAUUAACUAAUUUUCCUUUAUAUAAUCCAUGGUUGCAUGGAUAUUUUGCCCAAAAUCAUGAUCGGCUUGCGCAAUUCCUUGCCCAUAACACUUGUGCUCUGCCAUCGCAUUUUGUUAAAGACAACAAAAGCUUUAACGAUCACGUUUCGAAUCCACAAUCGACAACGAUUCAACACACAAUGAUUCCAUCAAUGAAAACUACUUUGGAUUUAGAUAAUUUUGUGCAAGCACGUUUUCUAUAUAAUCCGUCGGAUAGUAGUUAUCGUGAAAAGAUUUUGAUGUCAGAUUUCGGUUUGAAUGGCUUAAGUGCGAUUAAUGAAAAUGUUCAAAACUUAAGUUUAUCUAAUCAAUUCGCCCAGGAUAUUGGAAAAGUAUUAACGGACGUUGCCUUAUCCUCAAUGCAUACAUGCGAACAAACACGUAUCGUUGCGGAUACGCCGCCAAUGCAUCCUAAAAAUCAUCAUUCAGAGGCCAUUGUUCACGUUGGCGUCGAUGAAGAAUUCGAUUGUAGCGGCGACUCAUGCAGCGAUAUUAGUUUAACUAUGUCACCGGAACAUUGCGGAGCGGAUGUGGAUAAGGCUAAGGCUUACUCCCAUUCCGACAGUGACGACUGCUCCGACGAUGAUACUAAUUCCACAAGUCAACCGGACAAUGGUAAAGAUUUAAGUCAAACCGCUGCAGCCAAGUCGCGUCGACGAAGAACAGCAUUUACAUCCGAACAAUUAUUGGAAUUAGAGCGAGAAUUUCAUGCGAAAAAAUACUUAAGCUUAACUGAGCGCAGCCAAAUCGCCACCAGCCUUAAAUUGAGCGAAGUGCAGGUAAAAAUUUGGUUUCAGAAUCGCCGAGCGAAAUGGAAACGCGUCAAGGCCGGUUUAUCAUCGCACGGCAUGAAUCGUAACGGUAGCUCGGGCACAAAAAUUGUCGUACCGAUACCGGUGCAUGUUAAUAGAUUUGCUGUACGCUCGCAGCAUCAGCAAAUGGAGAAGAUGUGCCUAACCGGACCUAAACCGGAUCUACGCAAGAAGUUAACUUCGGACAUUAGUGGAUUUGAAAAGUUUAAUAGUCAUUUACAUGCUGGUGGUGGUGGUGGUGCACUUAAUGAUUCUCCUACGUUGAAUGCAACAAAUACGACCAAUACCGCCGUCGCUCUAAUGACAACGGCGACUUCAAGUUUACCAGCAAAAACGGCAGUUACCGGCGCUUUAACUUUGGCUAACAGUAUUUAUUAA